AGAGACAAUUCAUUUUUGUUAUGGCUAGCAUUUAUUUGUCAUUCAUUUCAUAGACAGUAUUUUUUUAAACAAGCACUGAAAAUAUUUUCUUCCAGUAGAGGCAUGUAUAUCAUGAACAUCUCCUGGCACUAAUGGCAAAGUCAGUCUCUGUUAACCAACAGGAUUACACUGACUAUGUGUAGGAAUUUAAUCACAUAGUUUUGCAUAAAAAUCAUAGAAAUGAAAAUGUUUAUCCAGAAUAUUCAGUAAUAUUUCAUUUAAUCCAACUCCCUCUUUGGGUCUCUCAGAUUCCAGUAUCUCUGAGGGUACCUUUUUUCCCUGUUCCAUGUAGUUCCUCCCCUCUGCUCUGGUUAAUCAUCAGACAUGUCCCUCACUCCAAUAAUUUCUGCAGUCUCACAAAUUUUGCCACACUACUGUACCAACUCCUUGCACAAUGUCCAACUCCUUAGCAUUUAUUACUUCCUGCAAUACUCCUCCUGAUUUUUUUCCUUCUCUAGCUCGCAGGUCUACCCAGAAUUCCAGUUUUUGGUUUCUUGGUCUCCCUGUUCUAAUCCCCACCCUUUGCCAACCCAACUCUUUCUCAUGCUUUCAGAUUUCAGCUGGAGGGAUCACUCCAGCAAAACCAAAUCAAUCCAACAGGACUCCCCUUGCUUGGCAUUUGUCUCCAUGACAGCAACACAAGAACAAAAAUGCUGCUAUUUUGGGUUCUGUGAUCCAAGUAAUUUAACUGCUAAAAUUAUGGGUUCUAUGAAACAUGGAGGGGACAAAUGAAAAAAAAAGGAGUAUUUUCCAUUUGGACACUGCAGCUCCCCCUGUGCUUUAAAAACCUGCUCAAAUAACAGAGUGGUGUAAGUAUUCCUCACUUCCUAUUGUGCUUUUCAGGCCAUUAUUCCUUCAAACACUUAACAUGUGUGAUUAAUUAUUUGAAACAGAAUCUCUUUGUUUUUUGCUUUAUUCUAGGAAAAAAAUAAAUUCAGUGCCUGGUUUAUGUUGUUUUGUAGGGGUUUUUUUAUGUUCCAGUAAAAUUUACAGUGAGGAAACAGGGAAGUGUCCUGCACCACCAAGACACACUGUUCACAAACAGGAAUUCAGAUUUUAACAGACAUUUAGGGAGGAAUAACAUCUAUUGCUGCUAAUGCAGCUUAAAAUGAAUAUUCAGUGACAGUCCAGAAAGCAGAGUUAAUAAAAGCACAGGAGAUGCAUGGCACAGGCUUGCUGAGGACACACAGGAAAGUCAGAGGGAUCUUCUGCCAUGGAUAGUGAAAACAAAAACCAUCAAAGCUGUCAGCCUGAUUAGCACUUUCUUCUCCAACAGAUAACACAACCAGCAGCACAACCAUGGAAACAGAAGAACCAUUCCAAACUCCUUGGACCCAGCAGGCAAAAGCAGAAAAACUGCUCCAAAGAGCCAGAUGCAAACAGGAGAUGAAUUUGAGCUCGGCUUGUCGGAGUGGUGCCGGCAGCGGGAGAUGAGCAGGGACCUCAGGGGCCGGGGAUGCGCCCGGGGCAGAGGCUUCCAGGGAUGGCGAGGAGGAUGGCGAGGAGGAGGAGGAGGAUGGCGAGGCAGAGCGCAGAGGGGAGAACCCAAAAGGAUGCCCGAACCUGCAAAAUCUCGACUAGUCCAAUCAACGAUGGACCAAUUUAUUCCCUAUAAGGGCUGGAAACUUUAUUUCUCUGAAGUUUACAAUGACAAGUCUCCUUUUGUCCAGAAGACUCAAGCCUUUGAAAAGUUUUUCAUGCAGCGCAUUGAGCUUUAUGACAAGGAUGAAAUAGAAAGAAAAGGAAGCAUUCUUGUGGAUUAUAAGGAGCUAAUCCAGGACAGAGAGCUGACUAAAUCAAUACCAAAUAUAUCUGCUGAACUAAGGGACAUGCCUCAGAAAAUACUGCAGUGUAUGGGUCUGGCAAUUCAUCAGGUGCUCACCAAGGACCUGGAGAGGCACGCGGCAGCGCUGCAGGUGCAGGAGGGAUUGCCCCUGCAUGGGGACCCUGUCAUAAACGUGCCUCUCAUCCAUGCCAGAGUGUACAACUAUGAGCCUCUAACCCAGCUGAAAAACGUGAGGGCCAACUGCUACGGCAAGUACAUCGCCCUGCGUGGCACCGUGGUGAGGGUGAGCAACAUCAAACCCCUGUGCACCAACCUGGCCUUCGUCUGUGCUGCCUGUGGGGAUGUGCAGGGUGUUCCUCUCCCUGAUGGCAAGUACACCCUUCCCACCAAGUGCCUUGUUCCCGAGUGCCGGGGCCGGUCCUUCACAGCUGACAGGAGCUCUCCUCUAACCACCACAGUGGACUGGCAGUCUGUCAAGGUGCAGGAGCUCAUGUCAGACGACCAGCGGGAAGCAGGACGGAUCCCGCGCACCAUCGAGUGUGAGCUGGUCCAGGAUCUCGUGGACAGCUGUGUCCCAGGGGACAUGGUCACAGUCACAGGCAUAGUGAAGGUGGCAAGCACUGAGGAAGGAGCUUCUAAAAAUAAGAACGACAAGUGCAUGUUCUUACUGUACAUUGAGGCAAAUUCUGUCAGCAACAGUAAAGGACAAAAACUGAAGAAUUUUGAUGAUGAGACCUUUCAGAGAUCGUUCAUGGAGUUUUCUCUUAAAGACCUCUAUGCUAUCCAAGAAAUUCAAGCUGAGGAAAAUCUGUUCAGGCUCAUUGUGAAUUCUCUUUGUCCUGCAAUCUAUGGCCAUGAGAUUGUGAAGGCAGGGUUGGCCCUGGCCUUGUUUGGAGGAUGUCAGAAGUUUGUGGAUGACAAGAACAGAAUCCCAGUGCGAGGAGAUCCACAUGUUCUGGUUGUUGGAGAUCCAGGAUUAGGAAAAAGUCAAAUGUUGCAAGCCGUGUGUAACAUCGCUCCUCGAGGUGUGUAUGUUUGUGGUAAUACUUCCACUAGCUCUGGCCUGACUGUUACACUCUCCAGAGAUGGCACUUCUGGAGAUUUUGCCUUGGAAGCUGGUGCCUUAGUGCUUGGAGAUCAAGGAAUUUGUGGAAUAGAUGAAUUUGAUAAGAUGGGAAACCAGCACCAGGCUUUGUUGGAAGCCAUGGAACAGCAGAGCAUCAGCCUGGCCAAGGCUGGCAUUGUUUGCAGUCUGCCAGCUCGGACAUCCAUUGUUGCUGCAGCAAACCCCGUUGGAGGACAUUACAACAAAGCCAAAACAGUGUCUGAGAACCUAAAAAUGGGGAGUGCUCUGCUGUCAAGAUUUGAUCUGGUUUUCAUCCUGCUGGACACACCGAACGAGGACCACGACCACCUGCUGUCCGAGCACGUGAUGGCCAUGCGGGCCGGCCGGCGCGCCGCCUGCAGCAGCGCCCUGGUGACCCGCGGCAGCUCCCAGGAGCACUCUGUCCUCCAGGCCACCUCCCACCGACCCCUGCUCGACAGGCUGAAGAUCUCAACAGGAGAAAACUUUGAUGCCAUUCCCCAUCAGCUGCUGAGGAAGUACGUCGGAUACGCUCGGCAGUACGUGCACCCAAGCUUAUCUCCAGAGGCUGCACAAGUCCUCCAGGAGUUCUACCUUGAGCUCCGGAAGCAGAACCAAGGAGCAGACAGCACCCCCAUCACCACGAGGCAGCUGGAGUCCCUGAUUCGACUGACAGAGGCACGAUCAAGGCUGGAAUUAAGAGAGAAAUCUACCAAGGAAGAUGCUGAGGAUGUAAUAGAGAUAAUGAAAUACAGCAUGCUGGGCACCUACUCGGAUGAGUUUGGGAAGCUGGACUUCGAGCGCUCCCAGCACGGCUCUGGCAUGAGCAAUCGCUCGCAGGCCAAGCGCUUCGUGUCUGCCCUGAGCAGCGUGGCUGAGAGCACCUACAACAACCUCUUCGACCUGCAGCAGCUGCGCCACAUCGCCAGGGAGCUGCAGCUCAGGGUAUCUGAUUUUGAAAGCUUUAUUGGAUCCCUAAAUGAUCAGGGUUAUCUUUUGAAGAAAGGUUCAAGAGUUUAUCAGCUCCAGACCAUGUGAGAAGAGUCACUGUGAUAACUCCCUUGGACUGAUUGUCCCCCUGGAGUGCUGGACCUGCAGCACAUCCUGAGCUGAGCUCCUGCCACAGCACUGGGGUUUGCUGGGCUGGAGAUUCCCCUGCAGAAAAUUAAACUGGAAAGCUGCAACAGGACAAACUGGCACUUGGCAUUGCUGCCUGGCUCAUCCCACAGCUCUCUCUUCCAAAUGGGACCUCACCAUCCUGCAGGAGUGGAAGGUGUGGUUUUAUGCUGCUACAGUGCCAUAAGGGGCUGUACUUCUGAAAGAGAUGCUGGACCCAGAAAUCUUUCCUGAGAGGAUGGUACCAGCUGUACCUUCAGCACUGUAGCUCAUUUCAAGUCUAGAAAUGUUUCCAGAAGGUUCUGACAACACUGUCUUACAGGUGUCACCAAAUGACACUUUUCUGAAACUGACUUGAUUUUCUGCUUUGAAACAUGGUCUUUGAAGCCAAGGUUUCUUUUGAGAUCCAAGUGUGAUUUAAGAAAAUAUCCUUAUUACAAUAUUUAAUUUGUAAAGCAGGGAUGGGAUUUUGACUUCCAUUAAACUUUAUAUAUGAGAAAUAUGAUUUGUUCAAGGCUGUUUAAUGGCCAUUACAGGAUCUGUAACACCAACAGGUUCUGUUUGUUCCUGUGUAACUGUUCCUGGCACAGAACCACGUGUGGAGCACGGGUGAAGUGCUGAAUGCUUCCUGACUUUGAAAUCAGAACCAUGGUCUGGUGCAAUGAAAUAGCAGCUGGCAAGACUUCAGUGUGAGAAUUAAAAAACCACAAACACCAACACGCCCUCCCUAAGAAAAAUAUACUUUAAAAAUCAGGACUGCAGUGCUGGUUCUUGUUUUCCCUCUUUCAAUUCUUAUGUAAGAUACGAUAGAUGAAAAAGAAAGCAGAAAUACUGAAACUUAGUGCCUCAGUUUCUAUUUAAAGGACAUCAAGGACCAAAUAUACUCGGAACUGAAAACUGGUCAGCCAGAUGAAAUGCUUUAAGUACAAAAUUAUAGUUCUGUAUCGGAGCUCUUAAGGGGCGAGGUGUGCUCUAUCAGCUAAAGGGAAAAGGUGUUAGAGACUGAUUUUGGCUUGGCACAGUGCUGGGGACAGGAACGCGCCUCAGGAGCAGACAAACACUGCACCUGGAACAGUGAACUCGUUCCCUUUUCUCCUUCAGACCAAGUGAACGCGGGCAAGCGAGGGCCAGAGGCAAGCACGGAGCACCGGAGAGCACCCGCGCUCUCUGAGGAGUUCCUUGAGGCAAAGCAAACCUUCCCCUUCCUCCCUCAAGGGCUGCCCGACAACGGCGCGGCCCCGCCGUGAGCAGGAGCGGGAUCAGCCCGGGCAGCCGCCCACCGGGCCGCCAUGGGCAGCGCCUGGGCCGGGAAAGCGGCGGGACAGCACCGGGACAGCACCGGGAAGCGCUU